CUAGCGAGCUUCGCCGGCCGAAGGAACUGUUUUCCUUCCAACGUGGUCGUCGCCUCCCCCUUUUCUUCUCGCCUCCCCUGCAGGAAAACGUGUGAAAACUCCAAGGAACUCGGGAAUCGACAGAUACCUUCCGUCCUGGACGACGUUCGAGGGAAACAUCGAGCAUAGAUCGUGCGACGACACGCGAAGAUAGAGAACGUCAUCAUGAGGAUCAAAAUGCCCGCGGUCAGGAUCGCGCAAGCGGAAACCUCGCAAGGCACCACAUCACCAGACACCGUCCAAUGCGGGGGUUGCAGGGUGUCGUACCCCCUUGGCGAGAUCGUACGGUUCAUCGAGCACAAGGUGAACCACUGUCGCAGCACUCUUCAGGGUUGCCACAGUCCACCGGCGACAGCGGCGCCGGAAGACUCAGACCCUGAGGACGCGCUCGCGUUGAAAACCGUCGAUCAGGACUCGAAGCUGAAUUCGGUGCCCAGUAUUUCGGCGCCCAUUAAUAAAAGAGGUGGAGGUAGACUCGAAAGUCCUCCGACGCCUCAGGGUUCGGGUCCGGAUACCGGAAGUCCCAUCGAGCUCAAGGCUAGCGCCAGCUCGACACCUAAGCGACGAACGGAACCUUCCGAAGAGGAUAAAGAAGAUCUUCCGAAGAAGCCCAAGACCGAGUCCGUCGAUGCUGAUACCAACACUGUCAAUUCUGAACCAAGAUGGCUACAGUGUUCGCAGUGUUCCAGAAGGUUAUCCUCGGCAUGGGAGCUGCUGCAGCACGUGCAGAGCGUCCACGGCGCGAGACUGUACACCUCCCCGUCGUCGUCGACGAACUCCUCGUCGAACACACCGGCGCCGAGUCCUCCGACGCCGACGCCGACGCACGCUCACCACCUAAGUCCUCCGAACCACUUGAAUCUGAGCAGUAAGUCAACCGGAAGUUCGUCGGCUGCCAACUCGUCCGGUGGGACGACGUCGAGCGGCAGCAGCGGGGGACGACAGCAACUCCAAUCGUCCGCUUCGUUGGUCGGUGAUCCGCUGCACAGUUUUCUAAGGCUACCUCAGCACCUGGAACGAAGUUUCCCGCCGAUGUUCAGGCCGGACUUCCUAGCCCUGAAUCCGCUGGCCGGGUACAGAGGGCUGCAGGAGCUGCAGACCGCGACCAGGAACAUCCAGAACCUGGGCGAUCCUCUUCGAGGCAUGGACGGUCUGAAUCUCGGGGAUCCGCUUGUUCGUAGCUCGUUGGAUUCCCUGAACAAUGCCCGUAACCUGGCGAACCUGGCCGAAUUGUCGCACGGCCGCGCACUCGCCAGUCAGGCGCAUCCUCCACCACUCGAGGCCAACCUGGAUUUUUACUCGGCGCGCCUAAGGAGCCUCGCUAAUCCGUCCUUAGGCGCGGCUCCUCCAAGUAGCGGGAACUCCACGACGAAUUCGAACCCACCUGCCCCGGUACCGGCCGUGCCCGUGGCGAGUACCGUCCAGCAGCAGCAGCAGUCGCAACAGCAACAACCGCCGGUCCAGAACCAUGCUCAACCCGUGCAACCACCUAGCCCAGCCUCGAACAACCCUACGAUCUUGACGCACAACAAUCACCAGAAGGAGAAUUCGCCGCCCUGCUACAACCAGAGCCCGGUCGGUCACCACAACAACAACAACUCGACGGACAGCGAGAAGACGAGUCCGCCGGUGGCGUCCACGCCUAUCAUCGCCGACUCCGCGUCGGAGACCAUCUACUCGUGCGAGGUGUGCGAUAAGAAGUUUCGCUUCCAGUCGAACCUGAUCGUGCACCGAAGGAGUCACCGGGACAAGGAGAGACAGUACCAGCAGGACAACACGCAGGACGGCCAGACGACGCCCACCAGGUGUGAGAUCUGUGAAAUGGAGGUGGCGAGUUACGCGGAGCUCAGGAAACACAUGAGGAAAGAGCAUCAGGAGAAUCUGAACGCGGCCAGUCCUCAAGGGAGCGUGGAGACCGUGCCCGACGAUGGCUCCAGCUGCGACGAGAAUAUGGACCUUGAUGAAGCGGACGAGAACGAACAGAAGGCCGACCGGGAGGACACCGAGGAGAACACCCCGGAGGAUCUCAGCACCACUCAAGGUCAAAGCGGAGAGGAGAGCGGCGGUCGCGUGGAGCAGAAGCCUGCCAGCCUGGUCGGUGACCUGAUGGAGAAGUUCGGGUUGAGCAACAUCGCUCAGUACUCUGAAGCUUACAGACAGGCGUUGCAGGAGAACCAUCGAGGAGGUUUCAUCAAGACCGAGCCACCGUCCAACUUGACCAACUCUUUGAACAACAACAAGGAGAAGGACAGCGCCCUGUCACCUACGAACUUCAACUCCUCGACCACGCCCAACAUAUUCUCCGGCCAGGGUUUUCCAAGGUCUUCGGGGCCGGACUUUGGCGGUCUGUGGCUACCGAAUCCCCAUUAUCUCGAGAACAACGAAUUCCGUAAGGCGUCGAAGGCCACCACCUCCAGUCUCGCUCUUCAGGGUCUGCCCAGCCCGCUGCUGAAGAAGGAGCGCAGCGGCAGGAACGACACGUGCGAGUACUGCGGUAAAGUGUUCAAGAACUGUUCGAACCUGACAGUGCACAGGCGGUCGCACACGGGUGAAAAACCGUACAAGUGCGAGUUGUGCUCGUACGCGUGUGCCCAGAGUUCGAAACUGACGAGGCACAUGAAGACGCACGGUCGACACGGCAAGGACACGUACAAGUGUCGUUUCUGCGAGAUGCCGUUCUCGGUGCCCAGCACAUUAGAGAAGCACAUGAGGAAGUGUGUCGUGGUAGUGCAGCAGGGCCCCAAGUUGGGCAUGCCGUACCCUGGUAGCCAGGACGAGGACUCUUCGUUGAGUACCAAGGACACUUGAUCUUGGAACGGAAGCCUACCGCCGAUCCCGCCACUGUGGCCACACAGGCCACCCUACCCAGUCUACUGAAGAGGGGAUCUUCUUCGGGAGAGAAACAGAGGCAGAGUUAAGCGAAAGGCGAAUCCUAAAUUGACCAGGAACGAUCUUAAACGUACCGUUGGAGGACGAUGCCGUCGUCCGAGGCACGCGUACUCUGGAGGAUCUCCCUGAAACGUCCACGGUCGUCCUCUCGCGACCAGGAGAGGUGGUAGGUCGGUGCAGACAGUCGACCGAGAGACCUGGAAACGGUCCCAGCAGCAGGAACACGAGCAACGACGAAACGGACCUCGAGAAAUUGGAUGAAAACCACGAGGGUCCUAUCGAUCAACGAACCGGAAGGUUCGGCCAAGAUGGAGGAAGAUGACGAGCAGGGUGCUGCUCGAAACGAAUGGUUACCACUUUGCGAGUCUCAGCACAGCUAUUUAAACUAUUAAUCCUUAUAAAUAGUUAUAAAUAAAGACGCUAUAAAUACUGAAUAUACAUAUAUGUAUACAUAAAUAAAGAGUAUAAAUAUAUAAAUAUAUAUAUAUAAAGAUAUAAAUAUGAAUAUAAAUAUAAAUAUAAAUAUAAAUACAGAAGAGAAUUAUACAGAAUAUAAAUAUAGUAUAUAAUAUAUAUACAUGCAUAUAUAUAUUAUAUAUACAGGAUAAUGAACAU